CCCUCAUAAAAUAUACGCCGCUCUCUGCGCGCUCUCUCCAGGGACUUGAGGCUUUCAUCCUUUCUUAUACGCUCGAGACAAAUCGAUACGUAUUCAGACCUUCAUAAUAAAACAUAUAGAGCUAGCCUAGUUUUUACAAAAAAAUAACAAUAUAAAAACUGUGUAGCCUACAUUGGAUCCAUUUUCACUUUUGGAAUGACAACGUAUUUUGGAGGAUUUUAAUCCUUUGUUUUAUCUUCCCUCUCCUGCAUUUGUAAAUACUGCGCCUUGCAGAACGAAUCUUUUGGAUUAGUGCCUGGUCAUUGAGAUACAAGCUGCAUUCAUCACUGCAAAUUCAUCGAAGCAAAUACAGACAUUCAAGAUUUGGCAUUGAAACAUUUUAAUUUUGGAUUUUUCCUUGAGGUUAAUGUUCAGAAAUAUUCGACGAACUGGUUGUCACCAGAGAGCAACACGAGGAUGGGAUAUGCAAACAAAACCCUGAAAGGAUGCACGGUGUUGAUUUGGAUCGCCACCCUCCUGCUUAUAGCAGAGACCAGAAGAGUGAAGCAACCUAGAUGCCCCGCAUCUUGUACGUGCACCAAAGAUAAUGCACUGUGUGAAAAUAUAAGAUCGGUCCCUCACAGCUUUCCACCUGAUGUCGUUUCGUUGUAAGUGCUUUGAAUUAAAUAUUGUACAUUAUUUAAAUCAUAUCAUUGGCAGUGGCAUUAAGAUGGGUCUAUCGUAUGAUCGAUCUUUCUUUGUCUAGUUUUUGAAGAUGUUGAAUUGAAUAAAAUAACAGCACAAGUAAAGCAGCAAAUUGAAAUAAUGUAGGCCUACAAUGAAAUUAAAUGGUUGACAUUUUAUCAAUAAUAUGAAUCUAUGUUCUGAUAUAUUGCCUCAUUUCAUUUGUACCAUGUUUCUAUGCAGAUCUUUUGUCAAAUCGGGAUUCACCGAAAUAUCUGGGGGAAGCUUCUUACACAUGCCCGCUCUACAGCUUCUGUGAGUUUGACGUCGUUACUCAACGAUUUUUCAUAAUACCUGCUAAAAUGAGGGUCCAUGUGCAUCAACAAAGCACAGCCCUGUUCCCUCAGAGGAAGAGCAGGGUUAUAUCAUAACACACAGCACAUGAACAUUACAAGUAUGAGCAGGAGGAUUAGGCUACACGAAAAUGAAGUGGUUCACAUUUUUUAGCAGAGGGGUUGCUUGGUAACUCAACCACAAUGUGAAAUAUUUCUAUUCAAGUGUGAGUAAAAACUACAAUGUGACAGAGCAGUGGUUAUAGAAAUGAUGGAAUGAAAACUAUUUUCUAUUUUCUGAACAGCCUAUUCACUGCCAACACGUUUGACUCAAUUGAUGAGGACGCUUUCCUGGGUCUACCUCAUCUGGAGUACCUGUGAGUUGUACUCUCUCUAAUGGAUAAGAUCCUCACAAAUGCAUCAUCUGAGGAUUUCAUCCUCAAAAUAUGUUAUUACCUCAUUCACAGGUUUAUCGAAAACAACAAAAUUGCUUCAAUAUCACCAUAUGCAUUCCGGAGCCUAAAAGCACUGAUACACCUGUAAGUAUAAGCAUGUCCUUUUCUACUUUCUUACAAUCUGAAAUCGCGGAAAAUGUGUUAGAACAAUGGUCUUGUGUCAUUUACAUAUUGUGUUAACCAUACUUGAAAACAGAAAUAAAGUAUUGUAACCAAUAUCUUUGCAGGCUUUUUGCUUCUUCCUAGGGUACAUAGCGUUAUCAGCAACAUGGUUGACUGAGGCCCCCAUUGGUACAUUCAAAUAUUAAGCAAAUGGACCUUGGUGGUGGCCACUUUAUCAUUGUCAAAACUUCAUAGGAUUCAAGUCCUAUUUCAGUGAUAUUGAACAAGGUUAACCUCCCUCACUUCUGCCCACCCUUAGUGGCUUUGGCAUAAAGUAGAUGUUUCUGGUUUUCAGGGAUUCAGUAUUUUCAACCUAACUUCCAUUUCCCCUGAAAAACACAAGUAGGGACUCCGUUCAGGCCUCUUUCUACGCCUGCUACGUUAGGUUACUUCUGCCAGAUCAAGUUGCCAAAGGACACUCUGUGGUGGGUCUAAUAUCACAUGUAACCUUGGUGACCUCGCUGACUGGGAAUAUUUCCAGAUUUCACAUCAGAAUAUUUGCAUCAGGCACUCAAAACCCCCCUGUAACCCAAAUAAUGUAUAUGGACAAACAUGUUACAAAAACAUUGGUUUUACUUAUCAUGUGACCAUCAUCAGUAUGCCUUGCCAACACUCUGAAAGGCCUAUACACUCCUUUCUAUAGAAAAAAAAAGAGACAGACAUGAGUGGACAUAUGUGUUUUCCAAAUCAUUAUUCUAAGAAUGUAUAUCCUUUCACUAUUUUACGUAGAUUGUAUGAGUCUACUCUGAAAAUGUAAUUAUAACUAAGAACGAUAUGACCUGGGUGGGCAAAACGAAAUAUAAUACCUGCUCUGUAACUUUACUCAUACCAUCUGAAAAGGGCCCACCCAGUGACAGGGUGAAACUUUUUUUGGAAGUCAGCCACAAGAUAUUGUGUUGAUUCGGGACAUACUGUAUUUUUCCUGUUGUGGUCUAAAACUCACAUUGUUUUCUUGUUUUUUAUCAGGAGCCUGGCCUAUAAUAACCUUGAGACAUUACCCAAAGAUGUUUUCAAGGGCAUGGAUGCUUUGGCUAAAGUGUGAGUGUCUUUCUUUCUUCUUCACAUAACCAGCGGCCUUAUGGGUAACGUCACCAUCUAAAGUGUACUUAUGUUAAACAAAAAAAGUGUGAGUAUCUUUUCAUUCAAAAUAUUCAGGUUUUGAUUAUGCAUACUUUGCUAACCUGUUUUACCAGGGAUCUGAGAGGGAACCACCUGGAAUGUGACUGCAAACUAAAGUGGCUGGUGGAGUGGAUGCGUACCACCAAUGCGACUGUUGACCAGAUCUUCUGCAGUGGGCCCCCGCUUUUCCAAGGGAAACUGAUCAAUGGCCUUGGGCCCGAGUCAUUUGACUGCAUAACAGCAGGUGAUUGGUGCAAUUAUUAUUUCACACCUUGGAAUGUUAAUCUCCUUAACUACUGCUGCCUCGUGCUAUUCAGCACUGUGGCCAUUUGAAUUAAAUGUAAUAGACUCCAAGACUGUCAAUUAAUUACUAGUCAGGAUAAAGUGAAAAUGGUACCACAAGUGAUUACACUGUAGAGUAUGUACCUACAGUAGCCUACAGACUACUAAAACAGUCACCAAGGAAGUAUUCCCGUAAUGUUGCUUUCUCUGGUAGUGAUGUCAAUUUUAUUUUAUUUUGUAUAUUAAUACAUCUGUUUUGUAUUGCAGAGUUUGCCUCUUAUCAGCCCCUGACGUUUGAAUCCAUUUCAGUGGAGUCCUUUACCUUUGGCAUGGACCAGUUUGUUGUGUUUGCCCAGCCCUUUACUGGGACAUGCAGCUUCCUGGAAUGGGAUCACGUUGAAACGGUUUUCAGAACCUAUGACAGCGUUCAAAGUGAGCAAUACGUGUUUUACAGUAUAUCACCAGAUGACAAAAUGAUAUGCCAAGUGUGAACUGUCAUUGUAGUACUGUACCUGUCUUACCAAAAAUACUAUAUAUUUUGUAACCUAAAACUUACUUUAUGUUCCUAUGUUCUAACAUUUCGUUUUUGGUCCUUGUUUUACAGGUACAUCCACUGUGGUAUGCAAACCCAUGGUGAUUGAUAAUCAGCUGUUCAUCAUUGUAGCCCAGCUCUUUGGUGGUUCUCACAUUUACAAGCGGGAUAUCUCUGCCAACAAAUUCAUAAAAAUCCAGGACAUUGACAUCCUGAAAAUCAGGAAACCUAAUGACAUUGAGACAUUCCUCAUAGAUGGUGAGUCCUUCUUCGUGAUCGCAGACAGCUCCAAGGCCGGUUCUACCACAGUGUACAAGUGGAACGGCAAUGGGUUCUACUCUCACCAGUCCGUCCAUGCCUGGUACCGUGACACAGACGUGGAGUACCUGGAGAUCUCUGAUAAACCCCAUCUGAUCCUAGCAAGCAGUUCCCAGAGGCCUGUCGUCUACCAGUGGAGUAAGAGCCUGAAGAAGUUUGACCGGCGCACUGAUAUCCCCGAAAUGGAGGACGUGUUUGCGGUCAAGCACUUCAAGGUGAAGAGUGAACUUUUCAUCUGCCUGACGCGUUUCAUCGGGGACUCCAAGGUGAUGAGGUGGGACGUCUCCAUGUUCAAAGAGGUACAGACAAUGCCUUCGCGGGGCUCCAUGGUGUUCCAGCCCAUCUCCAUCGGCAACUGGCAGUACGCCAUCCUCGGCAGCGACUACUCCCUGACGCGGGUCUACCAGUGGGACUUAAAGAGGGGCGAAUUUGUUUACUUCCAGGAUCUGAACAUCCAGGCACCAAGGGCAUUCUCUCUGGUGUCCAUUGACAACAGAGAGUUUCUGCUGGCCUCCAGCUUUAAAGGGAAAACUCAAAUAUACGAGCACCUAAUGAUUGACCUGAGUAAUAAUUAAUUAAUUAAUUAAAACAAUUAAGGAGUGUGUAGUUGACAAGUGCAGUAGCACUGAACACUGGGGAGAGGAUGACUAUACUGCACCACUAUUUGCAUGAUAUAGCCCACUAAUAAGAAAGAAUUCCUGAUGAAUGCCUUGCUAGAAACAUCUACUGUGUCCCUCUCUUUCACAGCACUCUUUCUUCUUUUUUUUUUCCUCGUAGACAAAGCAAUUGUUGACGUACAGCAGCUAAGCCCUACACUACGGUAACUACAGUUAUACUUGUGCUAUAAGAUAAACUUGAGGUAAAGUAGAAUAAAGUAAACGAGAAUACAUUUGUUUGUGAAGUACUCAUUAACAUUUAACUGACAAUUUGCCAAUAAAAUGUUUACGUUUUUACAAUGAUGAGUAAAUUAAUACAACAUUUUGUAUGUAGAGGGGACCACUCCAAUCAUGUUAUAUCUUUCAUAUGGAGCUAUAGUUUUAGAUUUUGAAAUUACAUUUUUAAUUGAACCUAAUGUAGGCCUAAAGCUGUUUAACUGCAAUACUACAAAAAACACACAUGUAUUCUAAUCUGUAGUAAGAGUGUUUUGUUUUUAAUUUAUUUUGCUGUAUUUUAUGUAUAGUAGGCUAGUAAUAAACCAAUUUCAU